AUGGUGAAGCAGAUUGAGAGAAAGUAUGCUUUUCAGGAGGCCUUGAACAAUGCAGGAGAGAAACUCCUAGUAGUCGACUUCUCAGCCACAUGGUGUGGGACUUGCGAAAUGAUCAAGCCUUUCUUUCAUUCUCUCUCUGAAAAGUAUUCCAACGUGGUGUUUCUCAAAGUAGAUGUGGAUGACUGUCAGGAUGUUGCUUCAGAGUGUGAAGUCAAAUGCAUGGCAAUCUUCCCGUUUUUUAAAAAGGAACAGAAAGUGGGUGAAUUUUCUGGCGUCAAUAAGGAAAACCUUGAAGCCACCAUUAAUGAAUUAAUCUCAUCAUGUUUUCUGAAGACAUGA